UGGGAAGAAAGGCAUGUAUGAAUUAAACCAAAACCAUUCGUCUUGAUAAUCUGUCCUCAUCGAGAAUUCUUGUUCCAAUUCAACAAUUCUCCUUGCUAGCCCUUCCCAAUAUCCUUCCUGCCAACACCUGGUCUCAGAGUCUAGACCCAUCAUCACUUCGGUUGUCUUCAGAAACAUGCGGGCGCCAUGGAUCCCAAUACCAAACUCAUCCUCGACGAACUUCACAAGGGCUUCUCCAACGAGCAGGUCGGUCACUUGGAGUCGGCGGCAGCAGUAUUCGAUGAGGGCAAGCCGCGGAUCGAAGCAUUCGUGGAGGAUGUCAAGCUCGAAGUGGGCAAGUUGUCGCACCACUGGGAUCGAUCCGUCCGUGACAUCACCAACACUGGUCCGGGUAUCAUCCCCAACCCCAAGUCAGUGACGGAGCGCCCACCUGCUCUAGAUGGUUCCGCUGACGGCUCUGAUGGGCACUGCGACACUAACUGUUACCGGGACUGGGAGGGUGGAUUUGGAUCGGUUUAUGUCCAAACCCAUCUCCUGAUCAAGGGUAGUUUGGCCACAUUUAUGAAGAAAUUUCUAGCUGACAAGCUCACUGGUGUGCAACCCUUGCCCAGUGCUCUUCAUGUGCAGGUUGCCAGGGGAGGGAUUAUGGCUUGCUCAUCUCAUUUGCCAGCAGCUUAGUUUCCAUUCAUCAUUGAAGAUUAUACCUCUCCAAUAGUAUGAUUUGAUUGUUGUCAUGGACUGGCUGAAAUUUCAGUCCAAUGAAGGUGGAUUGGAAAAAGAAAUGGAUGUCUAUUCCCUACCAAGAUACUACAACCUUUUUGCAAGGACGUCAUCUUGUUGAUGAGUUGUUAGUUCACAUUUGCGGUAUGAUUGUGAGUCCUCUUGAAGUCUAAAUGCAUAUCGGUGCCCAACAGUGGCCACUUGAAAUA